ACCUAUUCUACGUCGAUCAAGAUAUUGAUUGUUCACUCCUGUCUUAUUCCAGCCCAAUUAUCAUCAUGAUGCUGGAACCCCUUGCCAUGAGUGCCAACUACGCCGCCGGUGUAGUUGGAGUCGUAGCGAUACUCGGCGUGUUAUACACGAAAUCCUCGUUAGCGGGUAGGAACAACAUCCCGCUUCCACCUGGACCUCCCGCCCGUUGGUUCUGGAGCAACGCUCUACCUGCUGUAAAAAUUGCCUAUGCGCUGACAGACUUGGUUCGAGAGUAUGGGCCGAUUGUGUCGUUCCGGCAAGGUAGCCAAGUGAUAAUUGUCAUUGGCAGCAUUGAGCAUCGACCUUACCAGGCAGCCACGGACAUCAUGGAGAAAGAAGGCGGAUCACUGGUAGAUCGACCUCGGUCCAUUGCCGCGGGUGAGAUGCUCUCAAGGGGAAUGCGUAUUCUCAUGGCUCGUUCGGGAGAUCGCUUCCGGCGCCUCCGAAAAGCAAUGCAUACCCAUUUACAGCCAAAGGCGGUAGAGGCAUACCAAGCUAUGCAGCGCGAGAACGCGAUGAGUUUCAUAUUGAAUAUGCUGGAUGACCCGAAGAACCACCAGAAGCACGCACAGCGGUAUGCAGCAUCAGUCAUUCUUCGGGUGACUUAUGGAAAGUCUGCGCCCACCGCCAACGCCGAUCCCGAAGUUAUCCGUAUCCACAAAGUCCUUGACCAUUUCCAGGUCGUGAUGCGCCCAGGAGCUUAUCUCGUCGAUCGGGUGCCCCUUUUGCGCUACUUGCCUGGUUACGGAAAGCAACUUGAUAAGUGGCAUCAUGAGGAGCUAGAUUUAUACAGGCAUCAGCUACAGCGCGUUAAGAACGAUGUGGAUCAAGACAAAGCCGCUCCCUCUUUCACCAAGACACUAUUGGAGAACACCGAAGAACACCAUCUAUCUACAGAUGAGAUGUCGUAUCUUGCGGGAUCACUCUUUGGAGCAGGAGCUGAGACGACCGCUGUCGGAAUUACCGCGGCUAUUAUGGCUGCGGCGUGCUACCCACUGGCUCAGGCGAGGGUGCAUGAAGAGCUCGAUAUGGUCAUCGGGUCAGACAGAGCGCCGACAUUUAAAGACUCAAAAUCGCUCCCUCAAUUACACGCCUUCUUGUUGGAAGCUUUGAGAUGGAGACCCAUCGUUCGCAUAGGAUUUCCCCACCGUGCAACCAAAGAUAUCUUUUGGCAAGGAUAUUGCAUUCCCGAGGGUGCAACAGUCUAUGGGUGUCAUUGGGCUAUUUCUCGCGAUCCUGUUGCCUUCCCAGAUCCUGAAACUUUCAAUCCCCAGCGCUGGCUUGAUUCAGAAGGCCGCCUCAAGGACAAUAUGCAGUUCAUUAUAUACGGCUUUGGUAGACGAGUAUGUCCCGGCCUGCACCUCGCAAAUCAGUCAUUGUACAUGGUCCUCGCACUUCUCUUCUGGUCUUUCCGCAUUGCUCAACGACCUGACGCUCCGAUCGAUACAUACGCUUUCAGUGACACUGUUAUUUCCCAUGCAGCACCAUUUGAAAUCGAUGCCAUUCCCCGGAUCGAAGUUGCAAAGCUGAAAGAGCUUAUGACGGACGGGUGUAUGGAUUGAAGAUACUUUAUACAUAGUGGUACUACUAGUAUUUGUCAUUAACGCUACUCACGUUGCGGUGCUUUUCAUGAGCGCUGUAUUUCAGAUGCCAAUCUAUUAUGGAAAGCAGCUGCAACAUACAUUUGGACUCUGCAGCUGGAUCUGAGAACUUUUGUGCAGUGG